AUGGGUGUGAGCAAGUUAGAUGUUUUGUACCGGAGACUUUUCCUUACAAAGCUUUUUAUCAGAGGAUGGGGAAGGCCAGAGGAUCUCAAAAGACUGUUUGAAUUCAGAAAGAUGAUUGGAAAUAGAGAAAGAUGCCAGCAUCUGGUUUCAAGUGAUUAUCCAGUAUACAUUGAUAAGAUUGAGGAGCAAUCAGACUGUAAAAUCCUAGAUGGGCACUUUGUUUCUCCAAUGGCCCAUUGUGUACCUGAUAUCAUGCCAAUUGAAUCUGUUAUUGCAAGAUUCCAAUUUAUUGUGCCUAAAGAAUGGAAUAGCAAAUACAGACCAGUAUGUAUUCAUCUUGCUGGAACAGGAGAUCACCAUUAUUGGAGGCGAAGAACACUAAUGGCUCGCCCUAUGAUUAAAGAAGCCCGGAUGGCUUCUUUGUUAUUAGAAAACCCUUAUUAUGGCUGCAGGAAACCCAAGGACCAAGUAAGGUCCAGCUUAAAAAAUGUGUCUGAUCUUUUUGUGAUGGGAGGAGCACUUGUUUUAGAAUCUGCAGCUCUCUUACACUGGCUGGAAAGGGAGGGUUAUGGACCUCUCGGAAUGACCGGAAUAUCCAUGGGAGGACAUAUGGCUUCCUUGGCAGUAUCCAACUGGCCUAAGCCCAUGCCAUUGAUUCCUUGUCUAUCUUGGUCCACAGCAUCUGGGGUCUUCACUACGGGUGUGUUGAGUAAAUCAAUUAAUUGGAGGGAGCUGGAAAAGCAGUAUUAUACACAAACAGUUUAUGAAGAUGAAAUUAUUCACAUGCUUGAAUAUUGUGGAAUGGAUUCUUUCAAAAUGGGACAAGAGUUUGUGAAAAAUUUUCCUAGCAGUGAAGACAAGUUAACUAACCUUGAUCUGGUUUCCAGAACUUUAAAGUUAGAUUCAGCAGACCAAGUUGUAUCCCCAAAAUCUGCUGAGUGUCAUAAUUCUAAUAAAACAUCUAUCAAUACCACAUCAGGACUCUUGUUGCAAAAAACCUCUAAGAUGGAAUGCUUCAGUCAACCACUUUCAACCAACAAAAGUGAAUAUGGGGGUUAUAUUAAUCAGUCAUACCACCUACUCAGUAAAGAACAAAGACGAAAUAAUCUCCAAAAAGAAUCUUUAAUAUUUAUGAAAGGAGUCAUGGAUGAAUGUACUCAUGUAGCAAAUUUCUCAGUUCCAGUUGACCCAAGCCUAAUUAUAGUGGUUCAAGCCAAAGAAGAUGCCUAUAUUCCACGAACAGGAGUUCGAAGUCUACAAGAAAUUUGGCCUGGUUGCGAAGUCCGAUAUCUAGAAGGGGGUCAUAUUAGUGCAUAUCUUUUUAAACAAGGAGUCUUUAGGUAA